AAUAAAAGUGUGAGAAUUUGGCGGCACCACACCCUCCCCCACUUACUUGGCUACACCCCACCCGCCUCGUCUUGUUCCCUUCUCGUUUUUGUCUCUCCAUAUCCCUGCCCUAAUUUCUCGGAAUUUAAGCUUGUAAUUAUCUCGUCUUAAUCGCUAAUCGGAUGUGAUUAACUAUAAAGUACGUUUCUUUCUUUUAUCUCCGACCUUAUUUCUCUGCUUCCGCGCCGAUUUCUGUGUCUGCGAAAUCCAUCACUGCUGCUGCAAGCAAUGGGGGCGUACAACAACGACCGCGUUUUUUCGCCGAUGUGCAGCUUCGCCUCCUCCCAAGACUUCCGUCUCUCGAAGCACGUGCACGACAGUGUCCAUGGCAACAUUUACCUCGACGCGCUUUCGUUGAAGUUCAUCGAUACCGAGGAGUUUCAGAGGCUUCGGGAGUUGAAACAACUCGGAGUGGCACACAUGGUUUAUCCAGGGGCUACACAUUCCAGGUUUGAGCAUUCACUUGGUGUCUAUUGGCUUGCCGGUGAAGCUGCUCAGAGGCUUAAAAAUUAUCAGGGUUUGGAGCUGGAUAUUGACCACUUUGAUCUCCAGACAGUAAAAAUUGCAGGACUUCUGCAUGAUGUUGGCCAUGGGCCUUUCAGUCACUUGUUUGAACGUGAAUUUCUUCCCCAGGUUCGGAGUGGUUCCCAUUGGUCACAUGAAGACAUGUCAGUGAAGAUGGUUGACCACAUUGUUAAUCAGCAUCAUAUUGAGAUCGACUCUGAGAUGGUUAAAAGAGUUAAGGAGAUGAUACUGGCCAGCUCUGAAUUUGCAGUGCCUAAGAGCUCAAGAGAGAAGCCUUUUUUGUAUGAAAUUGUUGCAAAUGGCCGUAAUGGAAUUGAUGUGGACAAGUUUGAUUAUAUUCUUCGUGACGCCUGCAAUUGUGGGCUGGGAUUGAACUUUGAGUAUCAAAGAUUAAUGGAGACAAUGCGGGUUCUGGAUGAUGAAAUAUGCUAUCGUGCCAAAGAUUAUCUUACCAUCCACAAGUUAUUUGCUACCCGUGCUGAUUUGUAUCGAACAGUUUAUACACAUCCGAAAGUAAAGGCUAUAGAGCUUAUGGUGGUUGAUGCCCUAGUGAAAGCAAAUGAUUUUCUUGACAUUGCGUCACGGAUUGAGGAUCCCUCACAGUACUGGAAGUUAGAUGACACCAUAAUUAGAACUAUUGAGACAGCUCCAAACAAAGAACUAAAGGAAGCUAGGGACUUAAUCCUACGCAUUAGGAGGAGAAAUCUUUAUCAGUUUUGCAACGAGUAUUCUGUACCCAAGGAAAAAAUGGAGCAUUUCAAAAAUGUCACCGCUCAAGAUAUUGUUUGUUCUCAGAAAAAUGGAGGAGUGACAUUGAAAGAGGAGGAUGUCGCUGUUAGCAACGUCAGGAUUGAUUUGACUCGUGGGAGACAUAAUCCUCUUGAAAGUAUAAGCUUUUUCCAGGAUUACGAUAGCCAUGAAAAAUUCACCAUACGCGAUGAUCGUAUUAGUCACUUGCUGCCGACAUCAUAUCAAGAUAUGAUUGUGCGUGUGUACUCCAAAAAGCCUGAGCUGGUCGGAGCAAUCUCUGAGGCUUUUGAGAACUUUCAGCUAAAAACAUACGGGAUCAAGGCACAGAUACAUGCAACACCAGAGAAAAAGAAGCGUCGUAUCUUAGCAUGAUGGAGGCGCCGCCAUUUAUAUGAUUACGCCGUUAUCUAGUAAGCCGGAAUUCAGACUUGGAUCAAUUUGGAUAUUUUUUGUAUAGGUAUGGCCGUUAUCAAUUAGUCGACUGGGAAUAUACCACACUACAAGGUGCAACUUUUGUAUACCAUUCACUUAUAUUAGUGAAACGGCCUCAGCUGUAAGCUUCUGAAAGGUGUUAGGUCUAAGUUCUCCUUCUUUUUGACAAAUGUGUUGAUGGUCGGCGUGUAUUAUAAUCAUAUAAUUAUAUCUUUCUGAAGUAUUUAUGUCACGGGAAUGAUUUAGGGUC